UACAUAGACAAUAAAGAAGAUGUGCUCAUGGCGUCGCUAUGAUGAGCGCGCUUCACGUAGGAGUUACCAUGAAGACAGCUAUGACAGUGGAUAUCCUCGUGAAUCAAGCAGGGAUUAUGGAUCGCAGUAUCGAUAUAAUGAUGAUAACACCAGAAAUCGAUCUGGUGAUCAAGAUCGCUUUGCAGAUUAUCAACUACCGCGUGAUUCCCCUUUAGAUAGACCACAUUACAAUAAUAAACGUCGAGCUCAGUAUGAUAGACCUGACCACGAUAGUCGUGGGUACCACUCUGCAGGGGAUUGGCGUAGGGAAUCAACUGGUCGCGGACCAAGGGAAUACAACCGUCGAAGAGAGGAGUACACCUACCGUGAUUAUGACAGAAGCAGAUCGAGGGAGCCCGAUGAAUAUUCGGGGAACCAUACUGAGUAUCAGCAUAAUAAAACUAGGACUGGAGGUGAUACAAGUUAUGUAACUACAGAACUGAAGUCUGUCCAAAGGGAAGAUACUGAGCAUAAAAGAGCUGAACUAAAGUCUCAAGAUCAUUCCAGUGAAGCUGCAAACGCUCACAAAUCAAGAGACUCUCGAGUUAAGAAUGAAGAACCCGUUGAGUUUGAUUACAAGAAUAAAGAAGCUGUUGAGCAUCUAAAUAGACUAAUGGAAUACGAGCGGGAAAAUGUUAAUACCCGUGAGACACGAAACCAGAGUGCUGAGAGUCCUGUAGAAGAACCUAUAAAGAAAACAGAAUGGUAUAUGCAACCACGAUACCAGAAACAGAAACCAUGGAAAAUGGAUGAAACUAAUUCAUACCAAAGAAAAGAUAGAUAUCGCCAUUCAAGUGAUAACGAGGUCGAAGAGCGAGAAAAUAGUGCUACGGUAUUAGUGCGUAACCUGGCCACGACUGUAUCGGUUGACGACGUAGACAAUGUCGUUUCAGGGCUGUGUAUAGAGCGUGGCACUUCCGCGCCGAAUAAUGUCACACUGCGCACUACGGAGGGCCAUUAUGGGCCCGUUGGAGAAUCGAGUAUACUGAAAUCUAUCGGUAUAGGGCCUGCCGUAGAGCGUUAUGCCGUGGUGACCUUCCCAUCACCUGAAAACGCAGCGCGGUUUAUGGAAUGCGUAUCAAGUAGGAAGUUAACAAUAAACAACGAGGAGUACUACGUGGAAUAUGAUACCCUCGAAGUUAAUUCCGAUGUUAAGACCAUAGAGUCCAGUUUGACCUAUGAGGAUUACCAGGAAUAUGAUGCUAUAUUAAAGCGAAGGCAGUCGGCCCAUGAUUGGAUAUGCCCAGUAUGCAGAUUUAUUAAUUAUGCAAGGCGAUCGCAGUGCUUCACAUGUGAGUCGGAGCGACCACCCGACGAGGUUUUGCAGAAGCAGAAGCUGCUAGUGGAUAUAUCGUCAACUGACAAGACAUUGCCUAUCCAUACCAACGUCUCGGAUGUAUCCUCCUGGGUAGUACUUAAGGGCAUACCACUGGAUGCCGAUCCUGCUGCGCUACUGCUUCAGGUUUGCACUGCGGUACCACAGGGGCGCAGCACAUUUACAACGGAGUCCCUAGGAAAUGCCUGCUGCUCGAUACUGCCUUUCCAGGGAUCUUACCUGCGACUAGAGCCUGUGAAAUCACUUGAAAAGCAGAUAGCGGAUAAUCUAAUGAAGAAUUUGAAAACUAAUACCCUUCGGGUUAUCUAUGAGUACGACAGUGAGACUUAUGCAGUUAACCUAGUAACUGAGUUCACUGCACCAAAUAAAACGGGUAACAAAGAAACUAAAACAUGCAAGAUAAGAACUAGUAAUGUCAGUGCCCUGGAGCAGAUAUGUCAAUCGUCAAGCAUGCCCCCUGGAGCCAGGAAGUACCUGGACUCGUGGCAAGAGAAGGUUAUACUAUCCCCAGGAGGAAAGCCUGAUGCCUCUAGGAUGUAUUUUGAUGAGGUGUCAGGAUACCUGUACGAUGGAGUCCUUGGGAUAUACUUCGACGCCAAUACGAAUAACUACAUAUCAGUACGUAGCGAACGCUACCAUUGGGACGAUACGCUGCAGGCACUGGUGUUGUCGGAUAAAGGAAUAUUAAAACCAGAACCAGAUAGUACACAGCAAGGAUCUCAGCUCCAGGGGUUGCUGGCAGCGGCGCUCAAAGCAGCGCAGAUGACCAAUAAGAAAGUUGGAGAUACUGCCGAUGGUAAGGAGGCUACCAAAUCAGUUAUGGAACCAAGUGUAGUUACCACUAAUGCGCCACCGAAACCGCGCAUUGACAUUGCGCAAACAUUUGACCUCGGUAAUCAAUCUGAUGAUGAAUGUGACAUGGAGCUAGAAGACAACGAUAAAGUGGAUGACAAAAUGGCACAGCCAGUACUUACUCCAACAAAGAUCGAUGUGCGAAGUGUUAUAGUGUGCCUACAGUGUCUCAGGGUAUUCAACGACCAGACUCGACUCGAGUUGCAUGAACGCAGGUCGCGUUACCACCAGGUGUUAAUGGACACCUAGUAUCACACAUAUAUUGUAUCGUAUAAUCCUGGUAUGUAUAUAAAGUGUGAUUCUAUA